CUCCCUUGGAUACAUAUCGUUCACCAAUCUAUCUUUUCCAACAGAGCAUAGCACAUAUUGUCCAAAUCAAAUUCAACUUCACCACUCCUAUUGUACCAUUUUUGUUAUUUUAACUUUUAUUUUCUAGCAAGUUCUAGAAAUUAUAGUUGUGUUAGUUAGUUAGUUAAUACUACUAACCAACCAGUAUGACACAGUGUUUCAGUUUAACCGAAACAAGAAACUGGUGUUACCGGUCAACAUUCACCGGUGCAGGUCUCCGUUCCACAAUAACUGACCUAAAAGAUGGAACUAUAAUGCAUUGUUGGAUACCCAAAACCCGAACCGAAUCAAAACCAAACCUACUCCUAAUCCAUGGCCUUGGCGCCAAUGCUUUAUGGCAAUGGGGUCACUUCAUCCGCAGUCUAACACAGCUCUUCAAUGUAUACGUACCGGACCUUGUUUUCUUCGGAGGGUCAUACACGUCUCGACCCGAAAGAACUGAAGGAUUUCAAGCUGAGUGUGUGAUGAAGGUAAUGGAAAUGAAGUGUGUGAGGAGUGUGAGUGUUGUGGGGUUGAGUUAUGGUGGGUUUGUGGCAUAUAGUUUAGGUGUUAAGUAUAAAGAGUUUGUGGAGAAGGUUGUGAUUUGUGGUUCAGGUGUGAGUUUGGAAGAGAAGGAUAUAAAAGAUGGUUUUUUUCCUGUUUCUGAUUUGGAUGAAGCUGCUAAUAUUUUGGUGCCACAAACUCCACAAAAGCUUAGGGAACUUUUUGGAUAUGCUUUUUUUCGACCACGUCGUUUGGCUUGGUUGCCCUCUUGCUUCCUCCAUGAUUUCAUUCAUACAAUGUGCAGGGAGUAUGUACAAGAAAAAAGAGAUUUGAUCCGAGCCAUUGCAAAGGACAGAAAUCUUUCUGACCUCCCUAAGAUAUCUCAGCCUACAUUAAUUAUCUGGGGAGAACAUGAUCAAGUGUUCCCUUUGGAGCUUGGCCACAGAUUGAAAAGGCAUUUAGGGGACAAUGCUCAAAUAGUGGUGAUCAAGAAUGCAGGGCAUGCAUUUUGUGUGGAAAAGGCUAAGGAGUUCUACAAUACCUUGAAGUCCUUUCUAGUCGAUUCACAUAGCUGAGAAAUAAUUUUCUGAUCAAGUCCUAGUUCAAAUGCCAAAAGAGAAAGGAAAACAACUAUAGCGCGACUUAAGGUUCUUUGUUUUCGGUCCCUUUCAAGGCUCAUGUCUGUUUCUUAUUUUUGUUCCUAGAUCCUCUCGAUGCAUUCAUCUACACUCUAUCUCUCUCAAAAUCUUAUUCUCUCUCACUCUUUUUAGUCUUGGAUCCCCUACAGCGGCUGCAUGGCGCAGUAGUUGUGGGGAUCGUUAGAUCUGGAGAGAGAGAAUCUAACGAUCCCCAUAGUUGUUUUACGGGAUACACUCUUGCAAGUGUAGGGUGGGGUUUAAUUUUCCCUAAUAACUCUCUUUCUCUCUAUCAUCUCAGCACAUUCUCUCCAAAAUUGGACCCUCUUGGCCUGUUGCACAAUAAAGCAGCUGUAGAUGAUUCGAGUCCCAUUCUCCCCGCGAUUUUAGUUUCUUUCUUUUUCUUUUUUUCCUGCUGCAGAGGUAGAAUGGUAGGAGAGCAUUCAAAUACAAAAGGAUACUGUAAAAUGAUUGAUAUUGUUGAAAAACUUGAAAACAAAUUCUUUUUACAUUUAUCUUUAAAGUAGAUGCUCAAUAAAACAGUUCAAUGCAA